AUGAUUUCCCCACCAUUGGCCAAGCGAAUCCCUACCAUCUGCACCACGAUCGUGGGCACUGAGCUGGCCAACAUCAAGGAUGUGCUCACAUUAAACAACCUCAACGGCAAAGGAACCUACUCACGCCUCUGUGAGCAAUGGCUUGAAAGCUCUAUGAAUGGCGGACGGGCUUUAGCAGUCUCCUCCUGCACCACGGCCUUGGAGAUAGCUGCGAUCCUCGCCAAUAUCCAGCCUAGCGAUGAGAUUAUUGUCCCAAGCUACACCUAUGUGUCCAGCGUGAAUUCCUUUGUUCUACGCGGAGCAGUACCUGUAUUUGUUGAUCUUGAUAACGCGACAAUGAACAUCGAUGCCGGCUUGAUUGAAGCCGCUAUUACUCCCAAGACUCGUGUCAUUGUUCCAGUGCACUACGCUGGCAUUGCGUGUGACAUGGACCGCAUUAUGGAGGUGGCGAAGAAGCAUAACCUGUUCGUCUGUGAGGAUGCAGCGAUGGCCUGUACAUCGACGUACAAAGGCCGCAUGCUGGGCACGAUCGGAAAUGUCGGCUGUAUCAGCUUUCAAGAAAAAAAAGAACUUCACUGCAGGAGGAGUCAAGGAGGAGCGCUUCUUAUCAAUGAUCCCAGUCUCGUCGAGCGCGCCGAAAUCCUGUAUGAGCACGGCACCAACCGAGCACCCUUCAUGCGCGGUGAGGUCGACCGCUAUCAGUGGCUCGACAUGGGUUUGAACGCGACUCUAUCCGAGCUGCAGGCAGCGUUUCUGUACGCACAGCUGCAAGCAGCGGACAAGAUCAAUGGACGCCGACUUGAAAUCUGGCAGCGAUACCAGACGAACCUUGCCCCGUUGGCGCAGAAGGGAUACAUCACACUGCCUCAUAUCCCAGCAAACACAACACACAACGCCAAUGUGUUCUACGUCCGGGUCACGGAUGAAACUCAGCGCAAGGAUUUGAUUGUGCAUAUGGACCAGGCGAACAUCCAGACCCAUCCGCAAUUCAUGCCACUGCACUCGUCGCCCUAUGGCCUGAAAAAUGGUCGCUUUGUCGGUGUCGACCGUGUGACCUCCCUUGCAAUCUCGCAGAUAUUGCUGCUGCCGGUGCAUCUGACCUUGACGGACGAGGAGCAGGGGUUUGUCAUUCGUGAGAUGUUUGCGUUCUGGAAGGAAGACAUAGAGAACUGA